ACUCGUCCAUUCUCGUCUCCAUCCUUCCAAAAUGCGCGAAAUUGUGCAUUUGCAAGCCGGUCAGUGCGGAAACCAGAUCGGAGCCAAGUUCUGGGAGGUGAUCAGUGACGAGCAUGGCAUUGAUCCCACUGGUACCUACCAUGGAGACAGUGAUCUGCAGCUAGACAGGAUCAGCGUCUAUUACAAUGAGGCCACAGGUAGGUUAGGUGGAAAGUACGUGCCCCGAGCUAUCCUGGUGGAUCUGGAGCCUGGUACGAUGGAUUCAGUCAGGUCCGGUCCCUUCGGGCAGAUCUUCAGACCCGACAACUUUGUCUUUGGCCAGAGCGGAGCCGGAAACAACUGGGCCAAGGGCCACUACACUGAGGGAGCCGAGCUGGUAGACUCCGUCCUGGACGUGGUGAGGAAAGAGGCUGAGAGCUGCGAUUGCCUUCAGGGCUUCCAGCUUACUCACUCCCUGGGUGGUGGUACUGGCUCUGGCAUGGGCACCCUGCUCAUCAGCAAAAUCCGGGAAGAGUACCCGGAUCGUAUCAUGAACACCUUCAGCGUGGUGCCUUCCCCUAAGGUGUCCGACACAGUGGUGGAGCCCUACAAUGCCACCCUGUCCGUCCACCAGCUUGUAGAGAACACUGACGAGACCUACUGCAUUGACAACGAAGCUCUCUAUGAUAUCUGCUUCCGCACACUUAAACUCACCACCCCCACCUAUGGAGAUCUGAACCAUUUGGUGUCUGCCACCAUGAGCGGAGUGACCACCUGUCUGCGUUUCCCCGGACAGCUCAACGCUGAUCUCCGUAAACUAGCUGUCAACAUGGUGCCCUUCCCCCGUCUUCACUUCUUCAUGCCAGGCUUCGCCCCCCUCACCAGCAGGGGCAGCCAGCAGUACCGCUCCCUGUCUGUGCCCGAGCUGACCCAGCAGAUGUUCGACGCCAAGAACAUGAUGGCUGCCUGCGACCCACGUCACGGCCGCUACCUCACCGUGGCUGCAGUAUUCAGGGGCCGCAUGUCCAUGAAGGAGGUGGAUGAGCAGAUGUUGAACGUGCAGAACAAGAACAGCAGCUACUUCGUUGAAUGGAUCCCGAACAAUGUGAAGACCGCCGUCUGUGACAUCCCACCCCGCGGCCUCAAAAUGGCUGCCACUUUCAUCGGCAACAGCACAGCCAUCCAGGAGCUAUUCAAGCGCAUCUCCGAGCAGUUCACUGCCAUGUUCCGUCGUAAGGCCUUCCUCCACUGGUACACUGGUGAGGGCAUGGAUGAGAUGGAGUUCACGGAGGCCGAGAGCAACAUGAACGACCUGGUGUCCGAGUACCAGCAGUACCAGGAUGCCACCGCUGAGGAGGGCGAGUUUGAGGAAGAGGGAGAGGAGGAAGUCGCCUAA